UCUGCUGCGCGCUCUGGUAAACAUUUACCAGUUGUGGUUGCAUUUUUAACCGAAAUUUGUGAUAAAAACUCUCAUUCCCCAAACGAACGAUGGGUGCACAAGUUAAUGCUGCCGAGUUGCUGCAGCAAGCGCUCAGCUCAAAUAUCAUACCGAAUCAGGAGUUUCUGCUGCAGGGUUCGAUACUAGAUUCGGCCGCCGAGAAUCUGCUUCACCGAUUGCGAGGUCUUUGCGACAAUGUGGACGCUAGCCCGGAAACCUUCAGCGAUAUUGAAAUGUGCUUCAGCUUGAAGCUUCCUACAGAGAAGACCCCGGUAAUGACGGUCCGUGUGCGUCGUGCGCAGGACGUGGAAGCCCCCCUCCAGCUGCGCUACAUCGGUCAACCCGAGCUGGGCGAUCGGACCCGUCCCACGCUGGUCCGCAGCAGCCUCGACAUUGCCUGCACCCCGCACGUGAUCGAUUUCCUGACCGAGAUGGGCUUCCGGCUCGAUUUCGAGUACUCCACCAAGGGGUACAUGUUUCGCAAGGGUCGCAUGAAGAUUACCGUCUCUAAAAUCUUGAAAAACAUGACCGAACCCAUCUCCCAAAGCUAUUUGGUGGAGCUGUCGGUGCUGGCGCCCAAGGGCCAGGACGCAAUCGCCGAGGAUAUGCGCAUCUUUGCCGAGCAGCUGAAACCGCUGGUGCAGCUGGAAAAGAUUGAUUACAAGCGGUUCGCCCAAAUGCCGUAAAAACAAAAAAUAAUUCCUCGCUCUUCCGUUUGCUUUAUGACUUAGUGUGGUAACGAUGCAUUGUCUUUUGUGGCUUUAUUGCGAAAGUUUUACACCUUUUUUCCCUCUCUCUCUUCAAUAUACAAUUAUAAACAUUUGCAGGUUUCUGUACAAACAAA